ACCACCCCCAAUGGAAGAGUGUUCGAUGCUAAGGUACCCACAAAUAAUCCCACGAGCUUUUCUGCUCCUGCCUUUGGCCUGCCUUUCGCACCGAACUAUCAGCUAGCAAUAAAUGCGAUCCCCGCACAGCAAUCCUCUGCAUCUAAUUCGCCUCGAUCCAAGAUGUUCAAUAAAUGUAUGUUCGGAGAAUGUCAUGGAGGUGUCAUGGAACUAGUCGUAAAAAAACGUAAAGUAACCUUCAAGUAA